CGGAGAUGACGCCAUAGAGAGCGAAGCAGGGACGCGUUCGCGUGUGAAAACUUCUUUGGUUUUUCCAAGUCGGGACUCGAUUGCUCAGUAGACUCUUUCGUAUUUUUUUUGUUGGGGUAGUUCGGUUGUACAUAGUAGGCGCUGAAGUGGAAAGAUAGGGGAGGAGGAGAAGGCGGGGGUUCACUGUAGAAGUAACGGAAGUGGGAAUUUAUGUUCAACGCUUGCUACGGUGUCCUGGCUUCGUACAUGCAAGAAAGCGCAAGGGUUACUUCGACUAGCACGUGGCCCACUCGAUUGGAUGUAAGCGCGUGAAAGAAUUUCAUUCGGUGAAGUGUCGCUCGUGUGAGUGUGUGUUUGUGUAUGUUGAAGAGGGGGGAUUAAAAUGUCGGGAAAAGUAACCGGAAACGAAGGAUAAGAAAAAAGUGUGAUAAUAGUCGUUACCACUGGGAAAAGCAAUCUCAAGUGGAGCAUUUUCGUAGCACAAAAAAAGAUAAAAAUAAGAAAAAGGUGCCAAAUUGUGAUAAAUGUGUGUUUGAUAUUAAAAGUUUAAAAAAAAUGGACGGUGCCACCGGAAAUGAGUCUGUCAUCGACCAGCAACUGCUGAUCAUGGUCAACGGAAGCAACAGCAUGGUUUACCUCACCGGAAGUUGCGAAAACUGCACGGUGAAUCUGACGUUCGCGGCGUCGCCUACUACGGUGCUAACCGCGACGAGCCCGUCAACGCUGACCUACCUGCUGGACGCGGGCCGGGUCCAGAUUCCGCUGUACAGUGUGCUCUUCCUGCUGGCCGUGAUCGGCAACUCGCUGGUCAUCCUGACCCUGGUGCAGAACAAACGGAUGCGCACCAUCACCAACCUAUUUCUGCUCAAUCUGGCUGUGUCGGACCUGUUCCUGGGCGUGUUCUGCAUGCCGUUCACCCUCGUUGGGACGCUGCUGCGGGACUUUGUCUUCGGGGAGGUCAUGUGCAAGCUGCUGCCGUAUCUGCAAGCAUCUUCAGUGGCAGUGUCAGCUUGGACGUUAGUUAUAAUCUCGGUGGAGCGGUACUACGCCAUCUGCCAUCCGUUGCGGUCCCGGCGGUGGCAAACCCUGAGCCACGCCUACCGGCUGAUCGGGCUCAUCUGGUGCGGCAGCUUGUUCUUCAUGCUGCCGAUCGCCGCCCUCAGCAAGCUCAUCCCCACCAAUCAGGGCCACCACAAAUGCCGCGAGCUGUGGUUCGACCGCGGCUACGAGCGGGCCUACAACUUGUUCCUGGACGUGAUCCUGCUGGUGCUGCCGUUGGCCAUCCUGGCCGUCACGUACUCACUCAUCACGAGGACCCUGUGCCGGGGGAUGCACGACUUCAAGCGGUACUCGAAAUCGCUGACCUCGUCGUCGAACGGCGAAGGUGGCGGCAUCGAAGGAGGCGCUGCUGGUUCGGGAGCGAUGGCGGCAUUCGGACGCUCCUUCAGGCGGAACAACAAUAACAAUCGAGCAACCGACCAGUACAUGGAGGUGUACAUCCGGCCAAACGGCAGCACCAAAACCCGGUGCCCGUCGGCCUCACUCCGGUGCCACCGGGGCCACCCACCCUCGACGACGCCCCUGUGCACGGACACCGCGGCCUCGGCACUGGACACGGAGGGAAAUUCGACCAGCUCGCCAACGUCGCUAUCCCAGGAGGCCUGGAAUCAACAGCAGGCGGCACCAACCACAACAACAACGACGACGACCUCAUGGCCUGCUGCGUCGGCGGCAUCCUUUCGAAAUUAUUGCCCCUCGGCGGGCGCCGCGGUCACAGCAGGCGGCGGCGGCGGUGGUGGGAAGGAAUCGCUACGGAUGAAAAAUCCUGCCCUUAGAAAGUCCAACAUGGAGAAGAGUCUGAUGAACAAGAAGCGCAUCAUCAAGAUGCUGUUCGUGGUCGUGCUGGAAUUCUUCCUGUGCUGGACACCGCUCUACGUCAUCAACACGAUGGCCCUGUUCUGGCCAAGCACCGUGUACCACAACCUGGGCUACACGGCCAUCAGUUUCUUCCAGCUGCUGGCGUACUCCUCGUCCUGCUGCAACCCCAUCACGUACUGCUUCAUGAGCGGUGGCUUCCGGAAGGCCUUCCUGAACCUGUUUCGGUGCUUCCGGCCGGGCUCGGGGGGUGGCCGCAACCGCCGUAACAGCGCCAUGUGCGGCAUGAUGUACGUCAGCGGUGGAGGCGGAAGUUCCACCCGGCAUCACAAUCGCCGGGCCGUCACCAAUGGCAGCAGCAGCAGUCACAACAAAAACAACCAAACCGUCACCAUGGAUACCGUGCUUAGCAACGACGGCGUGGUGAGUCUGCAGCAGCGAAACCGACAGCAGCAGCGUCAAUCGCAGUUGGCGGUGGACCACAGCAACUGAUGACACAGCCGGAAGGCGCUUUCUCAAUGUGAUAAAUUGCAUUUGUUUUAGAAGUUAAGUUUUGAUAAUGUUGUGCUAUUUUCAUUACCCACAAUUUACUGUAAAAUAAAUAAACAAAAAUCAACUGUUUCAGCUGCUAAAGCUAACGCAAGUCCGGCAUUCAAAACAACGACUCUGACCACAGAAAAUUUCCCGGAAGCUUUAAAACCCCGAUGCGGAAAGCUUUGCACAAAGUUUAGCAUUGCUGCAUCGCAAUGACCGGCUAAAGGCUACUAAAAUGCAGAGUUGGGAUUCCCCGCGCCCGGAAGUUGUGUUGCAAUUGCAAAUAUGCGCGCGCUCAGCGGUGGUUACUUUGAUGCGCUUGUUGUGGUGUGGUUGAGUGGAAUGGCGUGCUGCGAUUUAUUGGAAACUAUUUUGAUAUUCAAUUUACAUUUUACUCUGAUAAUUGUUUCCCUGGGUCUUUUCCCCUAUAAAAUUCAUGUUAAAAAUUGGAGGAUCGGAAAGUGAUGAAUUUAUAUUUUGUUAUUUUACUUUAUUUACUUCUCAUGUCAAAGCUUAUUUUAUAAUAAAUACUGCUAACAAUUUAAAUUUUCAUUGAAAAAAAAAAACAUUUUAAAUCGAUUGUAAAUUAUUUAUUCUACAUUGUAUAACGUAACUACAAACUCUCUUUUAAUUCGAAAAUGGCUUUUUCAUCUGUUUACAAAUAUUCAAUUUUGGGACCACAGAUCCGAAAAAGACGUGAAACUUCAGAAAAAAAAAUCAAUAAAUUCAUUGAUAUCUGCAAAUUUUAUAGCAGUAACUUGUCUACAAGAAUUUACAUUUUUUUUUAUUUGUCAAAAUUAUUUUGCUCAGCUGUUGUGAUUUUCAAUUGAACUUUUCAAUGUUUUUCAGAUUUUCGGAGAAAAUUUUGGAAGGCAGGAAGUAGAAAAACUUGAAAUGAAUUUUUUUUUCAAAUUUUUCAAAUUUUCAAAAGUUCAAACGUGGAUAAAAAUGCUUUGCAUACAUUAACAUGAAGGUAGAACUACUAAAAAAUCUACCAACAUUUCCUGAUUUAAUAAAACCAGCUGCACGCACGUACAAAAUCACUCAGUUUUCAGCAAAACCGAACCUACUCAGAAAUGAGUAAAGUCUGUCAAAUUUGAG